CAGCAAGCAUCUAGUUGCUAGUCUAGCACAGCAUGAUGAGAGUUUAUGCACCUCCAUGCAUGACGCGACCCCCCAAGCCAUAGCUCCCAAGGUUCCAAGUUUUGUUUAUUACCAACCCGGGUCUCUUAUCCAUCAUCAGCACCCAAACGAGCUCACAUCCUUCCAAAAGUGGGCGGCACACCCCCCAAUCUGAAAGCUCUUCGCUUGUUUCCCCGCCGAGAGCCCCAUCGCAUCGCGUCGCAUCACCCAACACCACCAAAACCCACCAUCAAACAUCAACACCACCGCCGCCACUUCCACACUUGACCUCGACGACGCCUGCAGGCCCAUUGACGACCACCGAUUCAACCACGAUUCCAUGCGACCAUGAUCCACAGCGUCCAGCCGAAAUAAAACCCCCCAUUUCUUUUCUCUGACACCACACACGUGCGCACCCGACCUCGUCCUCGACCUCGUCCAUCCGGCUGCAAAUCGCCCGAAUCGCCCUCCAGAAAAUGUCCGGCAACGGCAACGGCUCCAGCAGCCGGCCAGGAGUCAACCCCCUCCGACCUUACUACAUCCCUCCUACCAUUGGCGAUCAGGCCCCCCAGACAUCAAACAUCCCCGGCCCAACCGCCUUCUCCCGCAACGGCCCCUCGCCGCCCACAUCGUCGCCCUCGACCUCGCUCUCGUCACAUGCCAGCCCUCCCGGCCAGUACGCGUCAAAGGCACGCGACAUCUUCUCCGACCUCGACUACAAGGACUACAUCUCAGACCCCUCGCCCUCCGUCGUCCGCUCCGUCAAGGAUCUCGUCGACGAGCUCAUCUGGAAGUACUCCUCCGUCUUCCUGGCCCAGCCCUUCGAGGCCGCAAAGCUGCUGCUGCAGGUCCGCGCCCAGGAUGACCUCGGCGGCCUCGCACACUCUUCGCCUCUGGCACCACCCGCCCAGGUCUCCACCAAGGCCGCCUUCAAGAGCCCAUGGAACGAAGACCUCCCUGAUUCCGACUCCGAAGGCGACGAGCCUGCCUACUUCACAUCCACUGCCCCGAAUACGCCUUCUCCAGCGCGCACGAGGAGGAGGAGAUCCACCACACCACCGCCAGACUCCCCCCAGCCGACCAAAAAGCCAGACCUACCACCUCACAUCCUCAACAUCAGCCGGUCUGAUUCCAUAAGCGAGGUCUUGUCGCAACUAUGGCAGAGAGAAGGCGCCUGGGGCACCUGGAAGGGGACCAACGCCACAUUCGUGUACACCGUCCUGCAGUCGCUGCUCGAGAACUGGUCCCGCAGUCUGCUGAGUGCUCUUUUCGACGUGCCAGACCUGGGCUUAAAGACCGAUCUGGACAGGCUCGUCGACAUUGCAUCACCUUACCCGUGGGCAUCCCUUGGUGUGGCCGCCGCCGCCGCCGUUAUUACAAGCCUUGUCCUCUCUCCGCUUGAUCUUGUUCGCACGAGGCUGAUAAUCACGUCCACAACACGUGGUCCACGACGAACAAUCGCCCUAUUGCGCUCCCUCCCCUCCUACCUGUGUCCCUCGGGCCUCGUCAUGCCCACUGUGCUGCACUCCCUGGUGCAUCCCGUCCUCGCCCUCUCCACGCCCCUGGUCUUGCGCACAAAGUUCCUCAUCGACAGCGAGUUGUCACCCGCCACCUUCUCGCUCGCCAAGUUUUGCUCCUCCGCCGCCGCCCUCAUCAUCAAAUUGCCCCUGGAGACUGUCCUGCGGCGCGGUCAGGUCGCCGUCCUCAGCCAGCCCAGCUACAAUCAAGCAGCCAACGGAGACUCCGGCCCGGCCGCAUCGAAACCCGCAAGACAUACGGGCGGGGCUAGGACUACUGCGGCUGCCACCACGACAUCUCUCGAAACUAUCGUGUACCCCGGCAGAUACAACGGUGUAGUCGGCACCAUGUACACCAUCGUGAACGAGGAAGGAUCCCGCGCCGUCCACGCAACACCAUCGCCAGCAACCGCCAAGGGGAAGGCUGCCUCUAAGAAGGGCAAGAAAUCGGUCACCGAGGCCGUCUAUCGUCGUGGCCAAGGGCUGGACGGCCUGUGGCGGGGGUGGAAGGUCAACACCUGGGGUCUGGUCGGGCUCUGGAUGGCCUCGGUCGCCGGCGGCGGCGGCGACGGGGAGUUUUGAUCAGGGGGGAUGAUGAUGUCGCCAGCGGUGGUUGUGGUUCUUCUCUGAAAGACAUGUCCAAUACGACUGCCCGCCUUGGGGCUUCUCCCUGUCCCGAAAGGGCGUUGGGAUUUGGAAGAGGCAGAUAGACAGACAGACCCUCACCACAACGGAAAACGGCGCGAUCUUCUUCUAUUCAUCAAGGCAGCGGGAGUUUCGGGUGAACUUGAACUGGG